CAUACACAUGAACAAUGUAUCAAUCUUUUUUUUGUUAAAUAAAUUUUUUAAAGAGAAAGUCAUAAUAAUUCGUACAUAUAUCCUUUUCAGUGUAAAUUUUAAAUUAUGAUAUCAAGCUUCUCUUUUUGACAUAUGCAUCGUUUAUGCUUCUUAUAGAUGGUUAUUUGCUGACAGAAAAAAAAGAUGGUUAUUUUUUUCUAAUCAUAUAAGGUAAGAUUUUUUUGUCUGGCACUUGUGUGUGGAGUGUGGUAGACUCCAAAGAGGGUUAUGGAAAAAGUCAAUAAGUCAACGAUGAACAGAGAAGGAUGAGGAAGAAAACAAAGUCCCAACAGAAAGAGAGAGAUACAUGAAAGAACUAAAAAGAACUCAUAUUGCACAUUUCUAUUUGGUUUCAAUUAAAAUAAAUAUUUAUCACAAAAGACUUUUCCUGUUAGGAGACAAAGAAAAAGUUUGGAAUUUCAUCAUUAGCCAGCCCAGCUCUAUAGUUUUAUUUCUUCUCUGGUGGGAACCUUCAUUUCUCUUUCUCCUUUGGAGUUUUCUUGAGCCUUAUUAGUGUUUGCUCCAUUUCAUACGUCUUCUUCUGGGUUUGUGUUUACACACCUAAAACUCUGAUCUUUCUUUCUCUUUCUUUUUUUUUUUGCUCUUAAUCCAAGAGUAUAGAUAGAGCGUGAGUGAGUCAUUGGUGUUUAAAUGGGAGCUUGUUUCAGCAAUCAGAUCAGAACAGAUAUUGCUUCCAGCACAUGGCUGAGUUCGAAAUUCUUGAGUAGGGAUGGGAGCAAGGGGUCGUCGACUACUUCCUUCUCUCAUAUGCCUCGAACUGAAGGAGAGAUAUUGCAAAAUGCUAACCUGAAGAACUUUAGCCUCAGUGAACUCAAGUCAGCAACGAGGAACUUCAGGCCUGAUAGUAUGGUUGGUGAAGGUGGUUUUGGUCGCGUUUUCAAAGGAUGGAUCGAUGAGACUUCCUUGGCUCCUUCCAAACCGGGGAACGGAAUCGUCAUUGCGGUGAAAAGACUUAACCAAGAAGGCCUUCAAGGUCAUCGAGAAUGGCUGGCCGAGAUCAAUUAUUUAGGUCAGCUGGAUCAUCCUAACCUUGUGAAAUUGAUUGGAUACUGCUUGGAUGAAGAACAAAGGCUACUUGUAUACACGUUCAUGCCUCGUGGUAGUCUUGAGAAUCACUUAUUCAGAAAAGGAACAUUCUUUCAGCCACUUUCAUGGAACACGCGGGUUCGAAUGGCUCUUGGUGCAGCUAGAGGACUCGCUUUUCUUCACAAUGCUCAACCUCAAGUUAUUUACCGAGACUUCAAAGCAUCUAACAUCUUGCUAGAUUCAAACUACAACGCAAAGCUUUCAGACUUCGGGUUGGCUAGAGAUGGUCCAAUGGGUGACAUUAGCCAUGUAACUACCAGAGUCGUGGGAACUCAAGGAUACGCUGCUCCAGAGUAUUUAGCUACUGGUCAUUUAUCGGCAAAGAGCGAUGUGUACAGCUUCGGGGUUGUGUUACUGGAGUUGUUAUCAGGAAGACGAGCCAUAGACAAGAACCAGCCAGUAGGAGAACAUAAUCUAGUGGAAUGGGCAAGACCUUACUUAACAAACAAAAGAAGGCUUCUCCGAGUGAUGGAUCCUCGUCUCCAAGGUCAAUACUCGCUUACCCAGGCUUUAAAAAUUGCAGGUCUUGCACUCGACUGCAUAACUAUAGAUUACAAGGUUAGACCAAACAUGAAUGAAAUCGUCAAGACACUUGAAGAACUUCAUGUCCCAAAGGAAACACCAAAAGAACAGCAGAGUCUUCAACCCAGCAGUGACAGCAACAACAAAUCUCCACAAGCUGUGAAUUAUCCUAGGCCUUCAAUUAUGUAACAAUCCACAAGAUGUGAUUUCACCGGGGAUUUAGAUUACAGAUUACAAGAUUAGUGCUGGCAAUAUUAAUAGUAUGUUCAUUCAACUAUCAAUAUUAUAUGUAUUUUGGUUAAUAUACUACUAGUGUUGACAAGAUUAUUAAUAUGUUGGUUACUAUAUUACUUACCUAUCAAAGAUUAUAUGCAUGUUUGGUUACUAUUUUACUCAACUA